GUUCGAAUGUGACCAUUUUUGACAGCGAUUUGUUUUGGUGUUCGGAAAGGUGUAACUAAAGUUAACUAUGACAACAUCGGAUGGAGAUUUCAACAUUGAAGCACUUAUGAAAGCCAUCUAUGAUGAUGAUUUUCAAACAUUUGAUGCUUUGCUUCAAAGCACAGCUUCUCAGAAUAUGACAGGGCACCCUUUGUCACUGGCUUGUGCAAGAUUAAGAGAGGACAUGGUGAUGUCAUUACUGUCCCACGGAGCAGACCCCAACACCCCAUCUAGCCACACCCUGACAUAUCCACUCCACAUGGCCUGCACACAUGAAUGUGGAAACCUAAACAUUGUUCAGCGUUUGCUAGCCGCUGGUGCAGAUGUUGAUGCUCAAGAUUUUAUUGGAGUGACCUCCCUUCAUCUAGCGUGUACUAGCGGAAACACAGAGGUUGUAGAAUUGUUACUUUCAAGGAGAGCUAAUGUGCUUUUGAAAGACAUUGAUCAGGAAACAGCUCUGGUGCGAGCAUGCUAUGCUGGUAAUUUGGAAAUCAUCAAAAUGCUUGUUGCUGCAGGCAGUGAUGUGAAUGCUUCUCAGGGUCUUCCCGUUCAUUCCCUCAUCGUCUCUGGCAAGAUCUAUGGAAACCAGUUGAAGCCUCCGCUGACUAUUCUUCUUGAUGCCGGUGCCGACUUAUCUUGUCAGGGUUACAUUGGACGAGCAGCAAACCUUGGUGAUCUAGAGAAGAUGUUGAUACUCAAAGAGUCUGGAGCUCUGGUAUCGAUAGUUGACCAUUCUGGUCUGUCUGCGCUGCAGCUCGCCUGUUACAACGAGACCUCAGACACUGAAAUAAUUGACCUGCUUCUUAAAUGGGGCGUGGAGGUGAACGUAAAAGGACUGGAAGACAACACAGCCUUGUUCACCGCAGUGGAACAGAUCUCUCUACCGAGAGUGAAACUGCUGUUAUCAUAUGGUGGCACUCUUGGUGUGGAUUGCACUACCUUCCCGUACCCUACAGCCUACAAGCAUUAUUACGAAAGUAAUAAAAAGAAAAAGAGAAACUUCAUUACAAUUAUAUAUCUGUUGCUUGCAUCUGGCAUCAAGGUUUCUGAAAGUGAAGUGGACAAACUUAAACAUAUUAUUACCACAUGGGGUCCAAAUCUGCCCCGGGAUCAGGAGAGGGUGAUCAAGGUACUCGAACAGUCACUCGACAGGCCGCCAUCUUUGCAAGACAUUUGUAGAGUAAGUGUUCGACGUCUGGUAAAAAGUCCCAAGGAUGAGAAUAUGAAAUAUUUGAAUCUGCCAGAGACUGUGAUAGAGCGCCUUUCUUUUAGGGAAAUCUUAGCAUGAAAUAGCAAUCUUUGUUUUUAAAGUGCACACAAACAAUUAUGCAAUGAAAAUUUUAUAAAAUA